AAAGAUCUUUUGUACCAUUGAAGCGAGAAAAUUCCAAGAAUUCAAAGACUUCAAGUUACAGCAACAAAUCACGAUCAACACCUGCAAGGGCAAGAGACUCAUCUGUUGUAGCGAAUGUAUUGGCAAAGUACUCAUCCUCAUGGGAUAAGGUGUAUUGGUUUUCCAUUGAUUAUCUUCUAGUUGCAAAGUCAGCAGUUAGUUGUGGAUCAUAUUUUACCUCUAUGAUGUAUGUGGAACAUUGGUGUGAAGAGCAGUUCAUGGGUAUGACGCUGGGAGGGCAAGAUUUCUCCCACAGGGAAAUGUUGCCAGAUCAUAUUGAAAUACUUGUCUCAGCCGUAACUAGAAUCAAUGAAUCUGACAGCUUAUACGGAAUUCUUCAAUCUCACAAGUUGAGUUCUCAAAUCAUUACCUUUGAGCAUGAGGGAAGCUGGAAGGCACUUGAGUACUAUGACUUGCUUGUAAGAUCAGAUGUUUCAAAACUGGAUGAUGGCAGUUUUUUAAGUUUGCCAUCAGAUCACACCCAAGCAGCAGAUUCUUCAUCUAUUUCCACAAAAGUUGAAGAGACAAGACAAUUCAAGCCUUACAAAGGGCUGAUUAGAUCAUUACAGCAGAUUGGAUGUACACAUGUACUUGACUUGUAUUGCCAUGGGUUAACAUCAAGGAAUGACCGGCUUCAGCAUGAUUUAGAGUUCGCUGAAUUGCAGUAUGAGGCUGCCUGGCGUUCUGGGAAUUGGGAUUUCUCUUUACCAUAUAUAGGAGCUAAUUCUACUCCUUUUACUCAGAAUAUCAAAUGUGAUCAUUUCAAUGAAAAUCUGCACAGUUGUUUGAGGGCGCUCCAGGAGGGUGAUUUGAGUGACUUCUAUUGGAAGUUGAAAGAUUCAAAGAAGGAGCUUUUGUGGUCUGUUUCUCAAACAAGUGAAGAGAACACACAGCACAUUUUCUCAAAUAUAGUGAAGCUUCAGAUGCUUUAUCAUCUUGGCAUGGCAUGGGAUUUACGCUGGAGGGAAUCUCAACAUAGAAGUUCAAAGCUCAGUCUUGAAAAGCAAAAUGUGUCUCCUGAGCCUGUAAUUCCUACCAUUGAACAGUUGUCAUGGCUGAAUUCGGAUUGGUGCUCAAUUUUGGAACGGAUGCAGCUGCAUAUGAAUCUGUUAGAACCAUUUAUAGCAUUUCGGCGGGUUCUACUUCAGAUAUUAAGCUGUAGAGAUUAUGCAUUGCAACAUCUUCUGCAAUCUGCUUCCACUCUUCGAAAGGGAUCUCGGUUCUCUCAAGCAGCUGCUGCAUUGCAUGAGUUUAAGUUCCUUUGUGUUGAAGCCAAAGGAGAAUCUUCAUCCAUGUAUUGGCUAGGAAGGCUUGAAGAAGCAAAGCUUUUGCGAGCUCAAGGUCAACAUGAGAUGGCUAUCAACCUCGCAAUGUAUAUUUCAGGGAACUAUGGGUCUAAUAAUGAGGCUUCUGAUGUAUAUCGGUUGAUUGGGAAGUGGCUGGCAGAAACCAGAUCUAGCAACUCUAGAACAAUUUUAGAGAAGUAUUUGAAACCUGCAGUCUCAAUCACUGAGGAUGUGUACACUACUGAUGAGAAGUCCAUAAAACGGAAAUGUCAGACUCAUUUUCAUCUUGCACAUUAUGCUGAUGCGCUAUUUAGGAGCCAUGAAGAAAGACUCAACUCUAGUGAGUGGCAAGCAGCAAUGCGGUUAAGGAAACAUAAGAAAGUGGAGUUGGAAGCUCUUGUUAAAAGAUUAAGGAGCUCAAGAAAGGGGGAGAAGACUGACUGUUCCUUGAAAAUACAAGAACUGCAAAAGCAAGUAGCGAUGGAUGAGGAAGAGGCUCAGAAAUUGCAGGAUGACCGAGACAAUUUUCUUAGCCUGGCUUUGGAUGGAUAUAAACAUUGUUUAGUCACUGGGGACAAGUAUGAUGUGAGAGUGGUGUUUCGUCUAGUUUCCUUGUGGUUCAGUCUCUCUUCUCGAAAAAAUGUAGUGAAUAGUAUGCUUAGCACAAUUGAUGAGGUUCAGUCUUUUAAAUUUAUACCUUUAGUGUACCAAAUUGCGUCUAGAAUGGGAAGCUCAAAGGACGGUCAGGGAACUUACGAUUUCCAGUGUGCUUUGGUGUCUCUCGUGAAGAAAAUGGCCAUUGAUCAUCCAUACCAUACAAUACUACAUCUGUUGGGUCUGGCAAACGGUGACCGUAUCAAGGACAAUCAGCGUAGUAGAAGUUCAUUUGUGGUUGAUAUGGACAAAAAGCUUGCGGCAGAAAACCUUCUAAAUGAGCUAUCGUCUUAUCAUGGAACUAUUAUCCAACAAACAAGGCAAAUGGUGGAGAUUUAUAUCAAGCUUGCUGAGAUGGAAACAAGGAGAGAGGAUACCAAUAAAAGGGUGAGUCUACCGAGAGAAUUACGUAGUGUUCCAGCACUGGAACGUGUACCUGUAGUCACAGCUACUGUUCCAAUCGACUAUAGUUGUCAGUAUCAUGAUGGAACUUUUCCUUAUUUCAAAGGACUAGCAGAGUCAGUCAUGAUAAUGAAUGGUAUAAAUGCUCCAAAAGUGGUUGAGUGCCUUGGAUCUGAUGGUUGCAGGUAUCGACAACUUGCAAAAUCUGGAAACGACGACCUAAGACAGGAUGCUGUAAUGGAACAAUUCUUUGGUUUAGUUAACACAUUCCUGAGGAACCACCAAGAUACGUGGAAAAGAAGGUUAAGUAUACGGACCUACAAGGUUGUUCCUUUUACGCCAAGUGCUGGUGUUCUUGAGUGGGUUAAUGGCACUCUUCCUCUUGGUGAAUAUCUUAUAGGGAGCAUGAGAAAUGGCGGUGCUCAUGGUCGAUAUGGAAUAGGGGAUUGGUCAUUUCUCGAGUGUAGAGAGCACAUGGCCAAGGAAAGAGACAAGCGCAAAGCGUUCCAAGAAGUCUGUAAGAAUUUCAGGCCAGUUAUGCAUUACUUUUUCUUGGAGAGAUUUUUCAAGGCAGCUGAGUGGUUUGAGAAGAGACUAGCUUACACACGAAGCGUAGCUGCUAGUUCUAUGGUUGGUUACGUAGUUGGCCUUGGUGAUCGACAUUCAAUGAAUAUUUUAAUUGAUGAAGCCUCUGCUGAGGUUGUUCACAUAGAUCUUGGUGUUGCCUUUGAACAAGGUUUGAUGCUUAAGACUCCAGAACGGGUUCCAUUUAGGCUGACACGAGACAUUAUUGAUGGAAUGGGCAUAACUGGAGUAGAGGUUUUCCGAAGAUGUUGUGAGGAAACUCUUUCUGUUAUGAGAACAAACAAAGAAGCAUUGUUGACAAUUGUUGAAGUUUUUAUCCAUGAUCCUCUUUAUAAAUGGGCUUUAUCUCCUCUAAAAGCUUUGCAGCGUCAAAAGGAAACAGAUGAUGAUCUAGAUACAACUUUCUUGGAACCUCAAGAUGAUCAUGAAGGAAACAAGGAUGCUACCCGUGCGCUAUUACGUGUCAAGCAGAAGUUAGAUGGAUAUGAAGAAGGUGAAAUGCGGAGUGUACAUGGGCAGGUUCAGCAACUCAUUCAAGAUGCAAUUGAUCCUGAGCGAUUGUGCCAAAUGUUUCCUGGCUGGGGAGCUUGGUUAUAGGGAGAACAUGAGAAUCCACGGCCAGUUUGCUCGACUGCGAGUUAUCUUGUAUAGGCGGCAUUUCUUUUCGAGUUUCUUUUUUUUUUUUUUAAAUCUUUCAUUCAUAUUGUAGAGGCCAUUUCUUUCUUUUCUCCUGUCUAAUCCAAAUCUGUACCUUGGGCCAUUUGUUUACUUUUUCUUUAAUUCGCUGAGUGCAAAAAGAAACGGCGAGGCUCCAUUUUUUGCCUUGCUGCCGCAUUCCACAUUUCCGUUUGAAAAUAAUGAUCAAUUUACAAUUUUUUUCCUUCACAA